AAACGUAAAAUUAAAUGUUCGUUUGGUACUGCGCCGUGCGAUAAUUGUUUAAAACACGGAACUACAUGCAAUUUUACAACUGAUCGAAAGAAACGAGGACCUCAAAAAACCAAAAAAUAUAAUAAUAAAAUCAAAAACAAAGUUAAUAGAGAAAAUAUUUAUAAGAAAAAAAAUUUUGAAAUUAUUCAAUGUAACGAUUUAUUUUCUCUCGAAAAUAAUGAUGUUAAUAGUAAUGAUGAAUUUAACAUUGGACAAUUUGUUAACGAUAAUAAAGUUGACUUGCAAUAUAUAACAACAACAUCAGAGUCUUAUUUGUCUAGUUUCGAUAUAAUAACCUCAUUACCUUACAAUAAUGUCCACGAUAAUAAUUUAACCGCGAUCACCGAAUUUCAGCAAGAGACUAAUAAUCCUGUUUCUCAAAUUUCAAUUCCAAACUUGUCCUCUUCCUCAUCUCCUGCGCAACAUCAAGAAACAUCAAUGCAAUUAUUAGAUUUUUUUUCAUUUAAAUAA